GGAUGAGGACUUGGACGGGGGUCUUCUGGGCCCUGGGCAUUCUCCUCCUCUUGCUGCUUCUGCUGUGGAAGAAGAACUGCCCCAGAAACCUUCCCCCAGGCCCUCCCAGUUGGCCUCUGCUGGGUAGCCUGCUACACCUGAAAGGGCCCUCCUUGCUGCACAGCCUGUUGAAGCUCAGAGAGCAACAUGGAGACGUGUUCACCAUCUACCUCGGAUCCCAGAGGGCUGUAGUUCUCUGUGGUUACAAAACGGUGAAGGCUGCCCUUGUGGAUCAAGCAGAGGAAUUUGGGGCUCGGGCCAAACUCUCCAUUGUGGAGAAGACAAGCAAAGGCUAUGGCAUCGCCUUCAGCAAUGGGGAGACUUGGAGGCAGCUCCGUCGCUUCGCCCUCACCAGCCUCCGGAACUUUGGGAUGGGGAAACGGUCCAUUGAGGAGCGGAUCAAGGAGGAAAUCGAGUUCCUGAUGGAGGAGUUCAGGAAAACUCAAGGUUCCCCCGUCAACCCCACCUUUCUCCUGCGCCGCUCCGUGUCCAACAUCAUCUGCUCUGUGGUCUUUGGGGAGCGCUUUCAGUAUGACGACCAGGAGUUCCAGACGCUACUCAACCUUAUCCAAGAGAACCUCCGGCGGGUGGACACUGUAUGGGUGCAGCUCUAUGGCCUCUUCCCUCAAGUCUUGAAGCACCUCCCUGGUCCACACAACAGGCUCUUCGAGAAUUACGAGGAGCAAAAGAAAUUCGCAGCCAGGAUGGUUCGGAAACACGAGGACAACUUGGACCCAGCCAGUCCUCGGGAUUAUAUCGACACCUUCCUCAUCCAGAUGUAUCGGGAGAGAGGAACUCCUGGCACUGAAUUCCACCGGGAGAAUCUCGUCGUCUCUGCGCUCGACUUGUUCUUCGCUGGGACUGAGACCACCAGCAGCACCUUGAGAUAUGGCCUCCUGCUCCUCUUAAAGUACCCAGAGAUCACUGAGAGAAUCCAAGAGGAGAUAGAACAAGUCAUUGGGCCAAGCCGGGCCCCUGCAAUGGAAGACAGGGUGAAGAUGCCGUACACGGAAGCUGUGAUCCACGAAAUCCAGAGAUUCAUUGAUAUUAAUCCGCUUGGGAUUCCCCAUUCUGUGACACGUGACACAGAGUUCGUGGGAUACACAAUUCCUAAGGGUACCUUUGUGUUCUUUGUAUUUAAUACUGUCCUGCAUGACCCCACCCAGUUCAAAGCACCAGAGACGUUUGAUCCAGGGCACUUCCUAGACGAGGGAGGUACAUUUAAGAAAUCUCCUGCCUUCAUAGCAUUUUCUGCAGGCAAACGCUCCUGCCCUGGAGAAAGCUUGGCUAGGAUGGAGCUCUUCCUCUAUUUGACCACCACCUUGCAGAGGUUUACCCUAACGUCUCCCAUCGCCUCUGAGGAAAUUGACAUCACCCCGGAAUACAGUGGGUUUGGGGUGGCCCCCCGCCAGUACCAGCUGCGUCUCAUUCCUCGCUGAACCAUCAGGCCCACUGGUGUACGAGAUGUGCCUUUGGGAAAGGCAAGAGAGAGAGAAAGCGCCUAUCUCCCCCCGCCCCCUGGAAGACAUGUGAUGAAAGGCCAAACAGAAAGUGGGGGCGAUGGGUGCACUGUCUGAUGGCCGUGGAUUUCUCCUGAGGUUCCCCCACCUCACUUCUGCAAGAACUCAUUUACAGGCUAUGAUGUUGGAUGAAAGCAACUGUAGGCUCCUCCUGCCAAACGGGAAGGGUUCUGCUGGGUAUGGAAUCCUAAAUAAAUAUGAAUAAGUGAAAUGAAUGUGUGG